AAAUUUUCAAAUUAAAGUGAACGUAUAGUAGUGUUGGUGAUGAUUACGCUUGAAUUUUCCUCAGAGUUCAAAAACUCUGGAGCAUAACACUUCAAUUAUUGAUUUUGGCAUGAUUUGGUGGUUGCAUCUUCUGAAUCUGAUCUCCGUUUCUGAAAUUACACGAUGAUGAAAAUAUGAGGAAUGCAAAUGUAGCAAAUCAAAUUGUUACUUAACCGCUUCCUUGUUUUCAACACCAUCACUGCACUUUCACCAUUUCUGAAAUCCACUAGGAGCAGGAACAGGAACCCUCCACACUCCACAGUUUCUCAAAAUUCCCCAAUGUAAAAAACCCACAUUGUCUUGAGGAUUCUGUCUCUUGCUGCACCUUCAUUAUGCUCUACUGGCUUUGUUCUGCUUAGGAAUAGGUUGAUGGCAGUUCGUAGGUAUUAAGGGUGUUACAAGUUUUGGUUUGGGCGUGUGCUGCUGCUGAAAUACUUUUAUGUAGUUUUCCUUUGGCCUUUUCACUGUGUCUCUCCUGGAAGUGGGAGGCAGACAUGCAAAUUGGAAUGAUGGUGAUGAUGACUCAAACUUUGAAGACCAUUGUAUCAUCCUAUCAUGACUUUGACAAGAAUUCCCAACUAUGUCCAUUGCCUAUCAGUCCACCCAGAAGCCGUCAGUGGCGCCAAAGCCGCAUUGGAACCUUGGCCAUAGCCAUUGCAGCGCUUCUCAUAUCUACUACUGCUUGGCUUUCCCUUGUGUUCUUUGAUGCAACUACAUGUUGCUUUCACAGUUUAAAGGAUCGAGAAAGUAGACCCCACUUUUUCAACUGGAAGAAGUAUGUUUCUCAUUGUCAUACGAAAGUCACGCCCCCUCCUUCUCUCCAAUUUGGAACCAUGAAAGAUCAUCUUCAUAAUGGUAGCAGUGUUGCUGAACAGGAAGGCUUGUCACUUAAACAUAUUGUUUUUGGCAUAGCAGGAUCAUCUCAACUUUGGAAACGAAGGAAGGAAUAUGUCAAACUGUGGUGGCGUCCUAAUGACAUGCGUGGCCAUGUGUGGUUAGAUGAACAAGUGCUUGAAGAACCUGGAGAUGAUUUAUUGCCUCCUAUCAUGAUUUCUGAAGACAUCUCAUAUUUUCGCUAUACUAAUCCCACUGGUCACCCUUCUGGCCUCCGGAUUUCUCGCAUCGUCAAAGAGAGCUUUCGCCUCGGCCUCUCUGAUGUGCGUUGGUUUGUCCUCUGUGAUGAUGAUACCAUCUUCAAUGUGAAUAACUUAGUUGAUGUUCUCAGCAAGUACAAUUCUUCUGAAAUGAUUUAUAUAGGUAGCCCCUCGGAGAGUCAUUCAGCAAAUUCCUAUUUCAGUCACUCGAUGGCCUUUGGGGGUGGUGGGAUUGCAAUAAGUCAGCCACUUGCAAAGGCUCUCUCUGAGAUGCUUGACGAAUGCAUUGACAGGUAUCCAAAGCUUUAUGGUAGUGAUGAUCGACUGCAUGCCUGUAUCUCUGAACUUGGCAUCCCACUGGCAUGGGAGCGUGGUUUUCACCAGUGGGAUAUAAGAGGUAACGCUCAUGGUCUUCUAUCCUCUCACCCAAUAGCACCAUUUGUGUCAAUUCAUCAUGUUGAAGCUGUAAAUCCCUUUUAUCCGGGCCUGAGCUCUUUGGACAGCCUGAAACUUUUUACAAAAGCCAUGAAAACCAAUCCCAAAAGCUUUUUGCAGCGUUCUAUAUGUUACGAUCAUACACAACAUCUAACAUUUUCGGUGUCACUUGGCUAUGUUGUUCAAGUCCUGCCUAACAUUGUUUCUCCCCGUGAACUGGAGCGCUCGGAGAGAACUUACUCUGCUUGGAAUGGUAAUAGUGACGCGAAGGAAUUUGAUUUUGAUGCUAGGGAACCGUAUAAAUCUCUUUGUAAAGGUUCCACUUUAUUCUUCUUGAAAGAUACUAGAAGAGAGGGUAAUGCUUCUUGGGGUUCAUAUGUUCGGGGUAGAGAUAAAGACGAUUUCAAAAAGAGAAUUUUAUGCUUUCCUCACGUACCUCCUAUGCGCAAUGUGGGAGAGAUCCAGGUAGCUGUGCAACCUUUGAGCAAGAAUUGGCAUCUGGUUCCACGACGUCUCUGUUGCCGGCAAAGUCAAGCUGGCAAAGAAAUACUCCAAAUCUCAGUUGGAGAGUGUGGGAAGGGAGCUUUUACUUCUGUCUACUGAUUAUGGUUUGUACAUGAUUUAGCCUUUCAGCGAAUAGCUAAUUCCAUGCGGCAUUUUUUAUCCCAUGAAUUGAGCUUUCUUGAACCUUUUUUUUACUCAGUAGACACUUGAACUGCAUAUGGUAGAGAAAAGAUUCCGAACAACAUGCAAUUUUUUUUUAUAGAUAGUAUUUUUAACAAGGUA